AUGAAGUUAAUUUUUGCAUUUCUCUCGCUCUUUUGCAUAGUUGCAGGAUUACAUUUGGAGAUUCCUGCUGAGUCCAAUCCCAAGCCAGUUUGUAUUCGUGAUUUCAUUCAAGAUCAACAGUUGGUUGUAGUGAGUAUUGCAUCCAGUGGUAGAAUUGGUGAUGGACAAGUUUUAAAUUUCUACAUUGUGGAUUCGUUGGGAAAUGAAUACCGUCGUAAGAAUGAUAUUGCUGGCAAGAACAGGGUUGCGUUCACAUCGUUGCACAAUGCUGCUGUUGAUAUCUGUUUCACCAACACAGCCAAUAAGAAGUUUAAUAAUAGAGGUGGAAAUUCCUACAGAGAGAUUGAAUUGGACAUCGAAAGUGGUGCUGCUGCCAGAGACUGGAAUGCUCUCGAGGCUUCCGAAAAGUUAAAGCCAAGUGAAGUUGAAUUGAGAAGGAUCUACGAAAUGAGUUUAGAAAUCACUCAAGAAUUGCAAUACUUAAAGGGUAGAGAAGAAAGAAUGAGAGACACCAACGAGUCCACCAACGCUAGAGUUAAGUGGUUCUCCAUGAUUGUCAUCUUUGCCUUAAUUGGUUUGGGUGUGUGGCAAAUCAGCUACUUGAGACACUACUUCAAGGUCAAGCACAUCAUUUAA